AUGUUUGGGUAUAAGCAAAGUAAUUUAGAUCAUACAUUGUUCACAAAGCAUAAUAAUGGAAAGGUGGCCAUAUUCAUUGUCUAUGUGGAUGAUAUGGUGUUAACAUGUGAUGAUGUGGAAGAGAUGAAGUUACUUGAAAAGAGGUUAGCUGCUAAAUUUGAAAUGAAGGACCUAGGUCAAUUAAAAUACUUUCUUGGAAUAGAGAUUGCAAGAUCCAAACAAGGCAUAUUUCUGUCACAAAGAAAGUACAUUUUGGACCUCUUAGCCAAAACUGGAAUGUUGGCUUGUAAGCCAAUUGAUACUCCAAUUGAGAUGAAUCACUUUCUUGUGGUGUACCUAGAUCAAGAUGAAACAGAUAAGAACAUAUACCAGAGGUUAGUAGGAAAAUUAUUUAAUUUAUCACAUACUAGACUUGACAUUGCCUAUUCUGUGAGCAUUGUGAGUAGAUUCAUGCAUUCUCCUAGUGAAGAGCAUAUGAAUACAAUAUAUUGCAUCCUUAAAUACCUCAAAGGUUCACCAGGAAAAGGCCUCUUGUACUAUAAAAAUAAUAAAGCUGGUAUAGAAGGAUACACUGACUCGGACUGGGCUGGAGAUAAAACCACUAGGCAAUCAACUUUAGGGUACUUUACCUUUGUAUAG